CUGCUAGGCAGACUCCCACAAUACCUCAGCACCCUUCUCACUUUCAGCUCCAGCAGUUACCAUCUGUGCACCUCCAAGUGGUUGUUUUUGAAUGUCCCCCGGACUCUAACGGACUUUGGCAAAACAGCAGUCUCCCAUCAUGCACCAUAGUCAUGGAAUAAUCUUCAAAAAACUCUUCAACUGGAAACAUUUGUGUCCAUUAAUGAGUUUAAGAAUAUCAAAGAAUACAGUGAAGGAGAAAUAUUGAUGUUUUUUUCUUGAGAGGUCACUGUCCUUUAAUAGCUGUCAAUCUGUUUUAUUCCUUAUUCAUGUAUAAUGUGUUUGUUUUAUUUAACUUUAAUUUCUCCAUGUCAAAGAGAUCUACAAUCUCAAAAUACUUCCUAGUUGAAUAAAGGUAAGUAAUGGAGGUCAUUUUACUGCCAUGGUUUUGGAUCCACUUGUCCCUUUUGAAGGGGAACAUCACUGCCAAUCAAUAUAAUGUAUUGAUCUGUAUGAUCGCCUUUAUCCUAUGAUUAUCGUUAUGGUUAGGGGUCUCUUCCAGGAUGGCAAUGUCCUCAUCGAUAGGGUGCAAUGGGUCACACUGUGGUUUGACCCAGUCAUCCACGAUGUGGUAAUGUCAGAAGCUUCAGUAGCAGCCAACUGGACUUCUCUUUUUGGUGCUUGAGGAUGCUUCGGCAUUUAUCCAAGAGGCUUCUUCAGUCUGAAGUGACGAGGGGAAAAUCCCAGAUAUAUACCGUCACCCCCAAAUCAUAAGGUUAAUAGCCCACUAAUGACCCAAGACUUGCAUGCCUCAAGGUGUGAAUGGUUGUGAAACUGCCAGGUCAGGGAUGACUCAGGGUGUUAAUGGGGAUAAAACUCUGGGGAGGGUUCUCAAGACUGCCUUAUAAGUACCUAAGGGGUGAUGCAGACCACCUCCUCUGUUCAGAGAAGGCUGGACCAAUUUUACCUAGAUGGACAUUUGUCUUCUCUCUCCAGAAUGUGAACAUUGCUGUUCUCAAAGGAGUAUCCCUUUAGAUGUUCGUGGACUGGUUGAAUUUUUGCAGUCAUCAGAUCUCAACACAACUGAUCAGCUAUGGGAUAUUUUGGAUGGUAAUAUUAGACAGUGCUCUCCUUUACCAUCAUCAAAGCAUCAGAAGAGAGAAUAUCUUUUCGAACUAUGGUGUUCAUCCCUGCAUUAGAGUUCAAAAACUUGGAGAAUCAAUGUGAAGGAGCAUCGAAGCUUUUAUUGCAGUACAUGAUGGUCCAACAUCUUACUAAGACACUUUUGGUUGCUUUAAUUUGCCAUCCAUCUGUACAUACAUACUACAUAGCAACUGAUGUUUGUUUAUGUUGUAACUCUGAGCAGAGAUUCAAGGCAGUGCACUGUAGACUCUACAUUCAGACCUAUUUGUGGAACUGCCAGAUGGUAAAUCUAUACUCAGUCUGGGACACGGUGUGUCACUCUUCAAAUAGUCAGUGUUGUAAUGAAAUAAUACAUUAGAAUGUAGAAAUGAGUUGAGAAGGCACACAUUUAACUUCGCUGCGUGAGGGAAAUUUGUGAGUUUUCACUCCUGGCAUUCACCAAGUGGCAAUAUCUCUCAGUUACUCUCUCAGUUACCAAAAGCAGCGAUUACUUCAGCAGGCAGUCUAGUAAUUUAACCCUGGACAGUUUCCUCGUCCAAAUUCUCCUUUCCAUGAAUGUUGAUAGUUUUACCAUUUUUGAUUGAUAUUACUAGAAUCGUGGAGGUGACAGCUCCCAUGUGGAUAAGAUAGAUUUAAGGAAAAAAAAAAGUAGUGACAUGUUUAAGGUAGAUAAGCAAGUUUACUAGAAAUUUCUAGAGUGCCGUUGCCAUGGCAGCCAGCCACAACACGCAGCCCGCGGAGGGACGCCGUUCAAAGCGGCGAAUAACCAGCCAAUAAGAGAGCAGGAUUCAGAUCACGUGUCCGGUGUCACAGCGACUGGGGUUCUAGAUCACACGGUGCCUCCUGCAUAGUAACGUUACCGGAGCUGAGUGCUGCAGCUGAGACUCGGACUAUUUCUUAAUUUUUGCUUUGUCUUAACAGCUUGAAAACUGGUGGAAAUGUUCAACAGUAACAUCAGGGAGUUUGACGAGGAUCCGUUUUUCUCGGAUCCAUUUCGUGCUCACAGGGACCACAUGCGGCAGAUGAUGCGUAGCUUCUCUGAGCCGUUCGGUGGGCCUAUAAUGCCCAGUAUAAUGGAUGGGAGAAACCGUGGUCGCGAUGGGGCUGAACAUCCCAGCUCAUCCCUCGCACUGAGAAACGAACACAGGGACAUGAGUCGGUCAUUGUUGCCCUUUGGCAGUAUUGACAGCACGGACAUGAUGAGGAAUCCCUUCGGCAUGUUUGACAACAUGAUGGCCAACAUGAGAAACAGGAUGGAGGAAAUGAAUAGAAACUUUGAGAACGCAUCCACAGACUCAAACACCCACUCAUUCAGCUCCUCGUCAGUAAUGACAUAUUCAAAAGUUGGGAAUGAACCUCCCAAGGUCUUCCAGGCGACCUCAUCGACACGCCGUGCCCCUGGAGGGAUCAAGGAGACCCGGCAUGCAGUUAAAGACUCUGAGAGUGGACUGGAGAAGAUGAGAAUUGGUCACCACAUCCAGGACAGAGGACAUGUUGUCGAGAAGAAAUACAACAAGAAAACAGGAGAGAAAGAGUUCAAUCAGGACUUUCAGAAUUUAGACGAAUCCGAAGCGCAGUCUUUUGAUGAUGAGUGGCAGCAGGAAGUGUCCAAGUUUGAGUCAUCUGGCCCCAUGUCUCGCCUGAAGGAACCUCGAUCCCGUGCUGCUCACCAGGCAGCCCUCACCGGUCCCAGGCAGGCCCGCAGACACCAACAAAUCGCCAUGGCUGAGGGUAAAAGCAAAAUGAACUCAGACUCGACAAAGCAGUAAAAAUCACCCGUCUGUGUUCAUUAAAGUCUUUCAAGCAUCAUACUGACACCCUGGUGCCUCCAUACCUCCACGCACAAACUCACACAGAGGACCCAGGUUUUGAGAAAGUUACGUUACAUCUGGAGUAUUUUACAUUAUUGAUGCACAUUGUCUCAAGUAUCUUGUACAGGAUUAGAUUUACAGUUAAGGGAGGCAAAAUAGCUGCAAGCCAAUUUCAAUACCUCAGUGGUAUUAAUGUAGGGCUCCUGAAAAAGAAAAAAUCUAUUUAAGAAUGUACAUUUUGCUUCGGAGAAUGAUCAACAGUAAUGAAAAUUUUAUCAUUUGUAGUAUGUUGGCUGUAAGACGUAUUGAGCCCACAUUAUUGUACUCAGUAUUCAGUAACUUUGUGUUCUUAUUUACUUUAACGUAAACCGAGAAACAGCUCAUCGAUGUAGUGAAACUAAGAAGCACAUUGACAUGUCACGAUUCAACACAAAAACAAUUUCUAUUUUCCAUACUGCCUCUAUUAAUAUAAUGCAACAAGACACAGACUGUAGUGAAUUGCUGACUCGUGUGAAAUCCACUAAUGCUCUUAGGCAAUAUCUACAUUAUUUGUAAUUAUAAUGUCCAGCACCUGAUGUUCUAGAUAUAUAUAUAUAUAUAUAUAUAUAUAUUUUAUCUGCUGUAAUCUUUGUAAAAAGAAAAACGUACCCUUCUUUUUUUUAUAUUUUUACUUUGGUUGCUCAUGUUUUUCAUCUGGUGAACUCCGCCGUGCUGCAUAGUAUAAACUAGACAACGUAUGGAUUAUUCUCAAUAAUUCACGUUUUAUUCUUGUAUAUUUUGACAACCUUUAAAAAUAAGGCCUGAAUCAACACAGGCUGUUCUCUGAAAAUAAAAAUGUGAACAAUAA